AUGGCGCCGCCCCCGGCGCGCCUCUUGUUAGUUCUCAUGGCCGCCGUGACCGUGAUCCUGGCGGCGCCGGCGCCGGCGAUGGGGGCGUGGGUGGACUACCCGUCAGGGGUGCCGUGCGGGGAGACGAUCCCGGUGGAACAGUGCGACCCCGGGGACGCGGCGGCCAACAGCGCGUGCAUGGACAUGUGCCACUACGGCGGCUGCCGGCGCGGCGGCCAGUGCGUUUCGCUCGGCUUCGGCCGGGGACGGGGCUGCCACUGCAAGUGCUAGCUAGGCGGCAGAGGAGUAUAUCGACGAUGUGCAUGUUGUUAUUGGUGACCCUUUUUUGGUGGCAUGGUGCUUGCGUUUGUGUUAUUCUUCUUCGUUC